AUGAUGAGCUCACAUCAACAACAUCCCGGGUACGGGUUCCUCUCCGGCAUGGACCUGCACUCGGUGCACCACGUGAGCCAGGACAUGAACAUGGCGAAUCAACAAACACCGAACUCUCAAGAACAACAUAUCAAGAGGCCUAUGAACGCUUUCAUGGUGUGGUCUCGUAUCCAACGAAAGAAGAUCGCACUGGACAACCCUAAGAUGCACAACUCGGAGAUAUCUAAGAGACUGGGCGCCGAAUGGAAGCUUCUAUCCGACACAGAGAAACGACCGUUCAUCGACGAGGCUAAACGACUUCGUGCUAUGCACAUGAAGGAGCAUCCAGAUUACAAGUACCGUCCACGAAGAAAACCAAAGGUUCCAGUGUCCGUGGUGCCAGGCAAAGCAGGUUCCAUGAGUCCAGGUGGUUUUCCUAGUUUCCCUUUGCCGCCAUACUUCGCGGCACCUGCGGCUCCAGUGUCUCAUCAUCAUCAUCACCCUCAUCCGCUCGAUUAUCCACCUCUGCCGCCUUACUUUGGCUCCGCCUUCGACGCCGUCCACCUCAGCAAGCUGGUAGCUGGUAGCAGUGGUACAGGAUCGUCGUCGUCGGCUGCAGCUGCAGCAGCGGCGGCGGCCGACGCGGCCAACAACAACGCAGCGUCCGCUGCAGCGGUGGUCAGCAGCUUCUACUCUGGCUUCUACUCAACACCGACGACAGCAGGUAAGCCGUAUCCAACGACGGCGUCUCAUCUUGGACCACUGUUUCCAACCGGACACCACACAGUAGGCGCAACCGCGCCUCAUCCGCCGCUCAUGUUCCCAUCCUCGUCGACGACCGGCUCAGGAAGCAUCGUGACGACGACCAGUAGUCCUGGAAGUAGCCCAGGAUCCACUUCGAUCUCCUCGUCUCAUCAACAAGUACCCACACCGACCACGUCGUCCACGCUGGACCUGGAGCAACUACGUCGACCAGUCUCCGUGAUAUUCUAG